AUGCUCUGCGAAUCUACAAUUCGUAGAGAUCCGCCGUUUUUCGCUGGCAAUUUUCUUGAUAAGCGAUUUAUCUCCAAACUGCGCGAGGGCCAGGUUUCCAUGCCACUUGCGAAAGCUGUGGCAGGAUUAUCGCUCGAUCUCGUGGUUCCUGAGUACCGUCUGGUAAGCUUUUCCAACUACUGGUACGAGAGACUGCUUUCGGACUCUCUACUAUCUGUGCCCUCACUCGAUCAUCUUCAAGCGCUUCUUAUAACACUCAUAUGCGCACGCAGCUCGAUCAAGCACUUUCUUCUUAUUCCUGUGCUUUCCCGUAUGGCGUAUGGGCUCAUAUUGAACCACGAACUUAACUGGGUCAAGGACCCUUUUGAAAAAGAGCGUCGUCGCCGCAUGGUUUGGAAUAUUUUUGUUCUGGAUAAGAUAUAUGCGGCAGGAGUGCCAGAAUUCGUUUCGUGCGAUAUCAGUCUGGUAUCUAUCCAUCCGCCAUCAACAAAUCCUACCUCAGAGCCCUCACCGUUUCGCACCCAGCUUCCACGCUACGUUGCACCCUUUAAUCUCUUUUCACUAGUUGUGCAUCUAGCACAACUAAAAUACAACACUUUGAACGCCGUGAAACUCGUUGAGCGUGGAUCUGGAUCUCUUCAAGACGUCGCUCAUGACAUGCAUUUGACUUUGGAUUUGCUUCCGGAUAAUCUCCGCUAUUCUGCAGCCAACGUUGCGGCACUGCCUGCAAAUCAGAGAUCUCUCUUCAUCAACAUGCAUCUCCUGCUUUUGCUCAAUCAAUGCGACUUGAAUAGACUUGAGGGGCCGGCAAGGUCGCUCGAUCUUGCACUUGCCAUUUCUUCCAUUGCACGCGAUAACAGUGAUAUCCUUGCAAACUCACGCACAACUACCACGUUGGCAUUUGCACUAUUCGAAGCGUCAAGAAUUAUGCUUCAUGCUGGCCUCGAUGUGAAAUCAAAUAUGGAUGUCAUUACUGCCGCGAAAUGGGCAGACCCGGAUGUUGUGAACAUAUUCCUGCGCGAACUCUGCGAGGACCGCCUUUUCGGGGGUCUUCUGUCGCUGUCCGAGCUCCACCCAGCCCACAAUCUUUCCUGGUGUAUUUAG